AUGCCUAAUAUAGAAACCAUGUCAGAGAAACUGCGCCAAGUCGCAAGGAUUUACCUGAAAAUACUCCACUCCUUUUACAGCUUGUACAAAAUGUUAAAAAUACAGUUGCCAGCGAAGAGCAUCCGCUUGGAGUCCAGCAUGUCGCAUUUGGGAAUUUUCUUCGAGAAUUUAAACGCGGUUCCAGAUCUGCAGCUGACUCCCGAUAUUGAAAAUAAACUACGGGAGCUAAGAGUGCGGUUGGAGGAAAUCGGACGGCUGAUAUUUGCCGUUGGAAUGAAUGACAGCAGUAUGGUCGGUGAUAUAAUGACGGGUCAACGGGUGGCAUUGGAAGAAAAAGCAAAAGAGUUCGCAGUUCUACGCAAAAAUUUUUUUAACGCGGCUGCCAGAAGAACCAUCAAUCCAGCAGCGCAACAACUCAUCAAGAACGAAGAUGCUCAGAUAAUAUGGGAGGAGUGUUUCGGGAGCAGUAGACAGGUGCAACUUACAGCAUUCUACAGUAAAAUCAAAGAAAUCCUAGGAAAAGAACCACCGUGUACCAUGGAUGACUUGAGACCUUUCUUUGGAAGUGAUAUGGUUGACUUGAAAAGUUUCAACGUGUUCGUCAAUAUCGGGAACGCCAACCACGUGUACGCCCUCAACGACCAAAUACUCGUCGGUCAUGGUAAAUCGGUGACGAGUUUCCUGUCAUUACAACGUCGACUGGGUCAUUUACAUACUCCGCUACUACGUCACAGGGAUGCACAGCGAACUGAACAAAAGACGAGCAGGAAGAAACCAUCAACGGAGGUAACUACUACUAUAGCGUCGGCUUCGAACUGGAAUCCUCAACCACAGACAGAUCGAUGGUCGUGGAUUCGGUCGAAAGUCACACGCUGGAUUAACCAGACAACCGAAUUGAGCAAGUAUUUCUACGGACGUUGUGACAGACAGGACGUAGACGCUGGUCUCCAUAACGACACACCCGGGACGUUUCUAGUUCGGUUUGGAGACAGACCUCACGAAACCAACCAACUAUGUGUAUCCUUUGUGCACGUCAUGCCGUACAAACAGGACAACAGUUGGAAGGAAUGGUUCAUGCGAAAACACGUGCCAGUACAUCAGAUGAUACACUAUGGAUUGUUGGUGUAUUAUGUGAAUGGAACCGUGUCACCUGCAGCUACACUGGAGCCUUGUCCCUCUGGCUGGAUCGAACUUGGAGAGAAGUGUUAUUUGAUUGAAUAUCAAGACCAAAAAACUUGGGAAGAAGCGCGUGCCGCGUGUAGGUCAAUGCCAGGCGCAGAUCUCUUGGUGUAUGACAACGAGGAAGAAAAACUGUUCAUCAACAGCGAGCUGGAAACUCUGACAGUUGACAUGCAUCUAUGGAUUGGAAUGAUAGCAGAAAGUUUAUCAUUUGGUGAUUUGCGUUAUCAUUGGAUCAACGAUCAAGAGCAUGAAGUGAAUAUGUCCAACUGGGAAGCUGGCCAGCCAGAUAAUGCAUAUGAUUUUGAGUUUUGUGUGGACGUGUUAGGUGGUACAAGAAAGCCAUACGCUAUUGGAGUUUGGCGUGAUACACUAUGUGAUGAAAUACAGGGCUAUAUCUGCGAGUCUGGGCAGAUAGGUAGAGUAUUGGUGAUCUCUACGCAUGCGUAA